GGUCAUACCCCAAGGGUGUGUGAUGUAGGCAGCUUACCGUGAUACAAGCAUCAGUGGCUUAUUGCACGGUUCGAAAUGAAAAGAAGGAAAUGAACAGAACAAAGAGAAGAAAAAAUGAAGUACUAAGGCCUAGGACUAAAUGUUUACUUACAUAUGGAACAACCCUUGAGAGUCCAGUGUUGAAUGCAUGUUAGACCUGACUACUGAGUCAUGCAACCUGGAUGAAAUGGUCACACGCUCACCAUUAUACAACAAUCACACUAAUAUUUAUUUUGGACACCAGUAGAAGAGAUUUUACCGUGUCACUUGGAAAAAUUUUCAGGAGGUAAAACUAGAGAAUUGGAGGAAAUGGCAAGAGAGAAAUCUGUAAUGUGUAUGGUGAUGGUUUUGGGGGUUGCCUCAAUAAUUCGGGGCACUGGUGCUGCUGAAGAAUGUAGCACAGUGACAGCACUGGUAGCAGCAUGCUCCAGCUUUGUGAACUAUGGCACACCAGAUCCGACACCAGGUGCGCCAUGCUGCGUUGCUAUGACGACCCUAAGCAACAUAGCUAGCUCCACCGAGAUGCGCCAGGCCGUCUGUAGAUGUGUUAUGGACCUUAUUACUACUUACAACCCAAAUGCUACUGCCAUUGCCACUUUGCCUGGUUUCUGUGGUGUUUCUCUUGGUUUCACCAUUGACCCUAACACUGACUGUGAAUAGUAAGACAACCAUAAGUUACUUAUCUCCUAUUAUUUCAUAGUUAUUUUGUUUGUUGGUUUAGCCAUCCGAUAUUCAAGGUCCACUGACCCUAUUAAUCGGGAUUUGCUCU